AUGUUUGUUGAUGAAGCAGAUACUUGUGUGAUCUUCGAUAAUUUUUGCAAGGAAGAGGAUAUGGCUGCGCAUACUUCUUCUGAGAUUAUUAAGUAUGAUGUCUUCCUCAGCUUCAGAGGCACAGACACUCGCCGUGGUUUUCUCAGCCAUCUGCGCAAGGCUUUAGAGGACAAGCACAUCAAGACAUACGUGGAUUACAUGCUCAGAGAAGGAACUGAAAUAUUGCACUCACUCCUUGCAGCCAUUGAACAAUCAGAAAUUGCUUUGAUCAUAUUCUGCCAGGAUUAUGCAUCUUCCCAAUGGUGUUUGGAAGAACUAGCCAAAAUAUUGGAAUGCAGGAAACAAAAUGGUCAAAUUAUAAUACCUAUUUUCCAUAAUGUAGACCCAUCAUGGGUGCGCCGCCAAAAGGAAAGUUAUCACCAUGCGCUUGCUAAUCAUGAGGUGAGGUUUGCAGAUAGGGUGCAAAUCUGGAGAGAUGCUCUCAAGGAAGCUGCCAACUUGUCUGGAUUCCAUUCACCGUCAUCAAGCUUCAGGAACGAUGCUGACCUUGUUGAUGAAAUUGUCAAACGUGUCUUACAAAGGUUAAACCAAUCACCCCAAGGUGAUUUGCAGGGUCUUGUUGGAAUUCAUGGACCAAUUGAAAAGCUAGUAUCGUUGUGCAUGGAAUCUGAAGCUGUUAUUGUUGGCCUUUGGGGCAUGGGCGGCAUUGGUAAGACAACUCUUGCGACUGCAGUUUUCAAUAGAUUGUGUGAUGGAUUUGAAGGAUUUUGCUUUUUGAACAAUGUAAGAGAAAGAGCUGAGAAAUAUGGUAUAGAUCAUUUGAAGACAGAACUUCUUUCCAAACUGCUAAAGGAAGAAGAUGCAAGUCCCUUUGUCAUGCCUGGUGGGAUAACUAAUUUUGCCAAGAAAGGACUUAGUCGAACAAAGGUUCUUGUUGUUCUUGAUGAUGUCAAUGAUUCAGAUCAAAUGGAAGAUUUAUGUGGAGGACAUACAUGGUUUGAGGCAAGUAGCAGAAUCAUAGUGACAACAAGAGAUAAGUAUGUUCUUGCUACAGCUGAUGCAUAUCAUAUACAUGAAGUUAAGACAUUGAAUCCUGAUGAAUCUCUUCGGCUUUUCAACUUGAAUGCCUUUAAGCAAAACUGCGAAACUCAAGCUAUUCAAAGUAUCACUUUAAACAUGUAUGAAAUUGAUACGAUAAAGUUGCACCCUGAGACAUUUGAAAGAAUGCCAGAACUGAAGCUUGUUAGAUUUCAUGCACCCGAUUUCAGAAGAAAGUUGUGUGCUCCAGAAGAUAUUACAUCCCUGCCAAAGAAGUUGAGCUACUUUCAUUGGGAUGAGUUUCCUUUGAAAUCUUUGCCGUCUUCUUUUGGUGUUGAGAGAAUUGUUGAAAUCAUAAUGCCCGAUAGUGGAUUCAAACGCUUUGGGAAGAAUCUUGUAAGUCUAAGGAAAGUGGAUCUAGAUGGUUCGUCAAGCCUAAUGGAGCUCCCAGAUUUAUCAAAAGCUUCAAAUCUUAGAGAAGUGAGUAUCUCUGGUUGCAAGAGUCUACGUCAAGUUCCUCCAUCUGCUGUGUGUUCCCAGAAGCUGAAAUACCUGAAAGUGAGCAACUGUGAGAGCCUUGAAAGGAAGAAUUUUCUUUCUGCCCCCACUCCCCACAACACCCACUUCUCCGUUUUUGUGCAGACGAGGGAUUAG